CAGUGGACCGGACCAAGACCAGAGUCCAGUCCAGGAUCGGUCUUUCCUCACCAGAGACCGCGGCUUCAAGAUUGUGUAGGCCGCAGGCCAGCGGUUGAGAUUUAAAGUCCCCGCCGCAGCCAGAAGCACCGUAGACUGGAGACUUUUAGGAGGCUUUUAGACAUGGAUAUGCAUGAAAUGGAGGGAUAUGGAUCACAUGCAGGCAGACGGGGUUAGUAUAACUUAGCGUGAUGUUUGCACGGACAUUGUGGGCCGAAGGGACUGUUCCUGUGCUGUACUGUUCUCGUUUUUGUGGUUGAAUGAUCUAAAUUAAUGUACAGCUCUGCUUAGGUCUAUAAUGGAAGGUUUCCUCAAAUUCUGCACAAUCAUUUCACAAAUGUUAUAUAAGGGAUACAGCAUAGAAACAGGCCCUUCGGCCAGCCGAUACUGCACUGACCAGCGAUCAGCACACACUAGGGACAAUUCACAGAAGCCAAUUAAAGUACAAACCCCAGACAUCUUUGGGAUGUGGGAGGAAACUGGAGCACCCGGAGAAAACCCACGCGGUCCCAGGGAGAACGUCCAAACUCUGAACCAACAGCACCCGUAGUCAGGAUCGAACCCAGGUCUCUGGCGCUGUGAGGCAGCAAACCUUCUCUGACCAAUGACUACCCACACACUAGUUUAAACCUACACACUAUGGACAAUUUGUUGAAGCCAAUUAGCCAACAAAUCCACACGUCUUUGGGAGAACGUACAAGCUCCACAGAGACAGCACCUGUAGUCAGGAUUGAACUCUGGUCUCUCGCACCAUGAGGCAGCAACUUUACCACUGUGCCGCCCUCUUAAUGUGGAGUAAUGAGUGCACGGGGGUGAGAGGAGAGCAGGAUUCUGCAGAGUCAUUCAGUUGACAGAUCGCCCAACAGUGACUCAGCAUCUGAGGGAGUACUCCGCCCAGCUUUGAUCAUUGGCUGUGGAGUUCAGGAAAGUGCCUGGUUGCAACCUACCUCCUCCUUGUGUUUGGUUGGUAUCCCAGAACUGGUUCUCACUAUAUAAUCAUCACAGCAGGCAGUCUUGUGCCACAGUGGAGUACUGAUCAUCAGAAAACUGCGUGGAUAUGAAACUAUUUUCAUUGAAGGGAUGUUGAGUUUAGUUGAGAUGUUUAAUUUAGUUAACUUUCGAUGAGUUAAGAUUAGUUGAGUUGAGUUAGGUUUAGCUGAGUUAAGGUUAGAUUGCAGAUAGACACAAAAUGCUGGAGUAACUCAGCGGGUCAGACAGCAUCUCUGGAGAGAAGUUGAAGGAAUAGGUGACGUUUUGGGUCGAGACCCUUCUUCAUCCAUCCAACAUGCAGCUUUAGAUUAGUUUGGUUUAAAAUUUGUACCAGCUUGAUAUCGAUGAACAUGGACGGUCUGGUCCCAGAGAUGACUGAUUUGAGCUCACGGCUCUUGGACUUCAGCGUGGCAAAAUCGCUCACCAUGUGUACGGGGAACGUGGUGAGGCGGAGCAACUCUACAAGACGCCAUCCCGUGACACCGGAGCAAGAGAUUCUGGACUGCAUCAAGGCUGCUUUGGGUGAAUGGGUUUCAAAGAUCAACCGUGAUCAAGUUGAACUGAAGGCACUAGCUCAGCAUGCUGUUUGCAGCCUAAUGCAAGAUAACGAGAGGAUUGGAGCCAAAGAGAGAGAAGACAUCAAACUCUCCGCCAAACUAUUCAUCUACAGAUUUGAACCUGGGAUGAUCAAAGAGAGUGCAUCUAGAGCCUGCCUGGAGCUGGGAGUGACUCAGUUGGACUCCGUUAUCCUGGCCCUGCCCCCACUGUCCGGAGGUGAGUGCCGAUCCCUGGAGGAGCUGCAACCUCCCUGGGAGGAGAUGGAGGCUCUGGUCCAAGAGAAGAAGGUGUCGUCUAUCGGAGUGUCUGACCUGGACCACCAACUGCUAGAGGCCCUUUGCCUAAAGGCUCAGGUACAGCCUAGUAGUUGCCAGGUGAACCUGGCCUCUUGCUGUGUAAUACCACCUGAUCUCACCACCUUCGCCAGUGAGAACAACAUCCAACUGUUGACCCACAAUGACCCCACAGAUAUCCUCCCACUGGGACCGUUCCAGGAUGCCCUCGGAGCCAGCGUGCGGGGUCCGGGCACUGCCCAGUGGGCACCGCGCUGGAUCCUCCGGUACUCAGCCGUUAUUAAAAACAGAGGGAUCAUAAAGUCCAAAGGGUACGUGGUCAAGGCGGAGAGAGCAGCAGCGCACUACUGAGCCCGCUCUGCGGCAAAAGGGUCGCCGUUGAAUCUCUCUCUUGAUGUCUCACCACCUCCGGAAGCCCUAGGACACCACGAUGUAAACACAGAUGUUACCCGAGACCACCCACGAACUGUAAACCGAGACAACAUCUUCCCUGGUGGACAAAAGUGCUGGAGAAACUCAGCGGGUGCAGCAGCAUCUAUGGAGCGAAGGAAAUAGGCAACGUUUCGGGAUGAAACCCUUCUUCAGACUGAUCUGCAACAUCUUCCCUGGUGGUGCAGGCUCGAAGGGCCUCCUCCUGCACCUAUUUCCUAUGUUGCCCGCUGUUCACCUCUGACCUCAUACAAUCACACACCUUGAGGAGGCACGGUGGCACAGCGGUAGAAUUGCUGCCUCCCAGCACCAGGGACCCGGGUUCGAUCCUGACUACGGGUGGAGUUGAUAUAUUCUCCCCGUAACCGCGUGGGUUUUCUCCGGGUGCUCCGGUUUCCUCCCACACUCAAAACACUUGAGGUUUGGUCGGUUAAUUGGCUUCUGUAAAUUGUCCCAAGUGUGGAGGAUAGCACUAGUGUUCGAAUGAUGGGUGCGGACUCAGUGGGCCAUUAUUACCACUUUUAAGGCAGAAUCAACAUGUUAAUACUGUAACAUAUAAAUAUACACUAUGUAUCCUGCAUUCUAUCCUUAAUGUUUUUGCACUACAUGUUGUCUUAAUGUGGAGUAGAGUAGUAGAGAGGUUCUUCUGCAGUUGUAUAGGGCUCUGGUAAGACCACAUCUGGAGUAUUGUGUACAGUUUUGGUCUCCUAAUUUGAGGAGGGACAUCCUUGUGAUUGAGGCAGUGCAGCAUAGGUUCACGAGAUUGAUCCCUGGGAUGGCGGGACUGUCAUAUGAGGAAAGAUUGAAAAGACUAGGCUUGUAUUCACUGGAGUUUAGAAGGAUGAGGGGGAGAUCUUAUAGAAACAUGUAAAAUUAUAAAAGGACUGGACAGGCUAGAUGCAGGAAAAAUGGUCCCAAUGUUGGGCGAGUUCACAGUCUUAGAACAAAGGGGAGGACAUUUAAGACUGAGGUGAGAAAAAACAUUUCCACCCAGAGAGUUGUGAAUUUGUGGAAUUCCCUGCCACAGAGGGCAGUGGAGGCUAAAUCACUGGAUGGAUUUAAGAGAGAGUUAGAUACUCUAGGGGCUAGUGGAAUCAAGGGAUAUGGGGAGAAGGCAGGCACGGGUUAUUGAUUGGGGACAAUCAGGCAUGAUCAUAAUGAAUGGUAGUGCUGGCUCGAAGGGCCGAAUGGCCUCCUCCUGCACCUAUUUUCUAUGUUUCUAUGUUUCUAUGUUUCUAUGUAUGGCAUUAACGCACUGGUGUAUAAAUGAUUUAACGGGUUUGUAAAUAAAACAAAUUUUUUCACUGUAUGUCUGUAAACAUUGCAACAAUAAACCAGCACCAAACCUUUCAACUUUUAA